AGGGGGUCACUGUUGCCGUUAGAUGGCCCUAGAAUGGUAGAUUAUUCAGAUCUGACAACAUCCGACGGUUGAAAGAAGUUUCAGUAUUUGAAACCGUUUAAAUUUUAAACUUCUCAAUCAGAUUUUUGGUUCACGAUGUGUUCCAUUUAGGUUAGGGUCUCGUGGAUUGCGAUGUAUCUGUUGAUCACCUGGACUCUGUUUCUGAGUUAUGGAGCAGUUUAUCAAGGUGAGAUUUGGAGAUGCUCCUUGCGACUCGUUUAGUGUCGAUGUUGAUGAAAAUGGAAAAUUGGGGCUUGACGUAUUGGGUUUAAGGACAAAGAUCCUCAGUCGCCUAAAAUUACCUCCUGAUGCUGAUCUUGUCCUGACAUAUUAUGAUCUAGAAGGUGAUGUGGUAGCACUUCAUGAAGAUGGUGAUCUGCAUGCAGUGAUGGAAAGGCGUCCAGAAUUUUUGAGCAUUUGCGUACAAAUGAGGCUUAAAAAAAAGAAGAGAAGAAGAAGGCAGGAGGAGGAUCAGACAACAUAUUUAAAACUCAGUGAGGCAAUGGAGUGUUUAGAACACAUAUGCACGAGAGGGUGCACAAUUGUUGGGCCGUAUGACAUGGAGCCAACUAAAAUGAAGGGGCCCUGUAGCAAGUUCUCCACAUGUAAAGGUGUCCAGCUCUUAAUUCAUCAUUUUGCCACGUGUAAGAAGAGGGUAAAUCACGGGUGCUUAAGAUGCAAGCGGUUGUGGCAGCUUCUAAGAUUGCACUCUUCAAUCUGUGACCGGCCUGAUUCUUGCAGAGUUCCUCUUUGCAGGCAGUUUAAGUUGAGAAUGCAGCAGGAGGAAAAGAAGGAUGAUGCAAGGUGGAAGUUGCUGACCCGGAAAGUUUUGAAGGCCAAAAUCAUAUUAUCCCUUAUCUCUGCCCCAUUGGAAAAUUGAGGAGCUUCAAGAAACCCAGAAUUAUCGGGUAUUAGAAGUUUCAGAUUAUAUAAUUGAUCAUUACAGUAGAACAAGAUUUACUGCUAACUAGUAAUAUUGAAUCAUCAAGUACCCCAAGAGAAUGCAUUUGGGUUGUGCUUUCCUGUUUGAAAUCUCUGCAGAAAAUGUAAAUUCCUUACAGCUGGGAGAUUGGAGAUUUGUGUUGCACGAAUAAUAAAUCACUGGCAAGCUUUGUACACUAAAAUAAUUAGUCGUUACAUUAAUUUGCCUUUGUUUGAGUCCAUCAUUUAAAUGUUUGUAUCCCAACCUAUUUCGAACCAG